AUGAAAAUACAUUUAAAAAGUCUGACUACGUCAAAUAACAAAAAGCACAAUGGGAGAGUAAAGACAUAAUCAUAAAUGAUGAAGAGACACUACAGGCUGUAUUAAUGGGAUGAUGAAGCACAAAAUAAAUAAAAAAACUCCCAAUGACCCUGAAUGGAAAACCCUUAAUAUAAACAGAGUGGAAUUAUUUAGAUUUAUAAUGUAAAACAAAUUUGGACUCCAGAGCACAAUAAUUACAAAAUCAAAUAAGAAUGCAGCAGUAAAGAUAUUAAAAACUCAUUAUUGUCCACCAUAGACAUAUAUGGUCCCUAUAAGAUUAUUAUAGGCCGUACUUGAACAAGACCAGCUGCAUUAUGGAUAAUUACGGUGUGUCUCUUUCCAUAUAGGGCAACCUCCAGAGGCCUAUGAACCCAAUAAUGGCACAAUCAUUUUUACUCAUCCAGCUCUGCACACGCUCACACACAUAUCUAGUAAUGUUUCUACAUCCAAUACCCAGUCUGGACACAUAUAGUAUCACGCAUUGAUAUAAUAAAUCUGAGCAAAUGCGAAUGGUCCCGUAGCUGAUAUAUUAGUCAUACAACAGACUACACAGUGGUUGUUGAUGUAAUCUGACAACAAGAUCAGCUGUUUUGUUUCAGCCUUUUGUCCUGCUUUGGAAUCCAUACUUGGAUGGAGAAUUACUGCACAUCAUUGCACUAAAUGACAAAUAAGGUGCUGUCUUUAUUUAUUUUUAUUUAAAUUCGAUCAUAGAAUCCGGUAACUGUCAUUUGGAGUACUUACAGACAAGUGAUUUGACUUGGUCCGAGCACAGAUAUUUAUUUCUGCCUCUUGACUACUCAAAUCUUUAAUUGUGUUGAAUGAAAAUCGAAAAACAACAGGCUCCAACUGCCGUUUUGACUUGUCUAAAUGUAAUCACGUCCAUUCAAAUUCAUGAGGUGAAAGAAAUGUAACGUGUAGACAGUCAAAUGUUGUCAUUAGCUUAUACACACACACACACACACACUAACUUGUAGAUUUGUACAGUGCUGUUGUAGUAGUAGAGCAGCAGAUGAUGACACUUUCAUCAGGCUCAAACUCCGCCUCCACUGAAUGCAGGCAGGGACGCUCCUCCAUGUGACGCUGAGGGCUGUAAGAAAAAUCCAGUAUGGCGGACUCUGUCAGCAGAUGAAAUUUUUGUUGUGUUGUCUUCUCCUCCUCCUCCUCCUCCUUCUUCCUGCUGCACUGUGAGAGAAACAAACCCCCCUCAGAGAAGAAGAUGGGAGAGCAAUAAGGAGCAUGUUGGGACGGCUGUAGGUUGGCACCAGUGUCAGACGUUAAAUCUGCCCUGAUUGGACCAACUGUAUCUAAAGCCUGAUGGGGAUUGGCUGCUGGAUGUCCGCUUCCUGUGUCCUGCUUUGAGGAGAUUCUAGACAGACAGACACAUAUACUGAUAUAAAAACGGAGUUUGCAGUGGACGCAUGUUGAAUGCACCACUGGCGAUGACGUCACACAGCCACCAAGAAGGGAUCCUGGGGAAGGAGCAGCCACUGGAGGUUCUAAAGACAUCUGCGCUCAACCACAUCCCAACAGUGGACAUUAACUCAGCUUUGCCGCUGCGUCUCCCGCCCGCUGCCAUCCCCAUGGACCUACGUGUAGACCACCACCACCACCAGCAGCAGCAGCAGCAGCAGCAGUUGUCAUCGCUCUCCCCGCCUGGUCAGCAGUCACCCGGGGGUCUCGGGGGCCCGGGUCAGCCCGGUGGCGGCGGGGGUGUAGUGGUGGCCUCUGUCCGGGAGCAGCAGCUACAGCAGGAGCUGCUGACCUUGAAGCAGAAGCAGCAGAUCCAGAGACAGCUCCUUAUCGCAGAGUUCCAGAGGCAGCACGAGCAGCUGUCCCGCCAGCAUGAGGUGCAGCUGCAGGAACACAUUACGCAGCAACAGGAGCUGCUGGCGUUAAAACACCAACAGGAGCUGCUGGAGCACCAGAGGAAGAUGGAGAACCAUCGUCUGGAGCAGGAGCUGGAGAAGCAGCAGAGGGAGCAGAAGCUGCAGCUGCUGAAGAACAAGGAGAGGGGACAGGAAAGUGCAGUGGCCAGUACUGAAGUCAAGAUGCGUCUUCAGGAGUUUGUCCUAAACAAGAAGAAAGCCCUGGCUCAACGGAGCCUUAACCAGGGUGGUCUGCCCAACGAUGCCCCCUACUGGUACCGGAAAACCCAGCACAGUUCUCUGGACCAGAGCUCGCCCCCACAAACCGGCAUGUCUGCCUACAACCACCCUGUGCUGGGUGUUUAUAACCCAAGGGACGACUUCCCACUGAGAAAAACUGCUUCGGAACCCAACCUGAAGCUGCGCUCACGGCUGAAGCAGAAGGUCAGCGAGAGGAGGAGCAGCCCACUGCUGCGACGCCGAGACAGCCCCAUCACCACCGCCAAGAAACGCUCCCUGGACCUGGCAGACUCGGCGUGUAACAGCGCCCCGGGCUCAGGACCAAGCUCUCCAAACAACAGCUCCAACAACAUCCCCAAAGAAAACGGCAUCGCAGUGUCAGUGGCCAACAGCACAGAGGCGUCUCUGGCCCAGAGGCUGAGCAGUGGUGCUGAGCGCAGCUCCGUUAACCAGCUGUCCCUCUACCCUUCGCCAUCCUUACCCAACAUCACCCUGGGGCUGCCAGCCACUGCCACGGCCACCGCUGCUUCAAACGUGACCUCGGCCCAGCAGGAUGGAGGCCUGCAGCCCGCACUUUCUCUCAGCCCUCCUUUCCUCUCUGGGGCUCACUUGACCCCAUACUUACCUGAAGCAGGAGCAGGAACAGGCGGACACGGAGCUCAUAGUCCAUUACUGCAGCACAUGGUCCUUAUAGAGCAGAGCCCUGCACAGAGCCCCCUGGUGACAGGUGUCAGUGGUCUGUCCAUGUCCUCGGCCGCAUCCAUGGCCAAGCUGCAGCGGCAGCACAGGCCACUGGGUAGGACCCAGUCGGCGCCUCUGCCUCAGGGGAGCGCUGCCCAGGCUCAUGCCCAGGCCCUGGCCCUGCAGCAGCUGGUGGUCCAGCAGCAGCAUCAGCAGUUCCUGGAGAAGCACAAGCAGCAGUUCCAGCAGCAGCAGCUGCACCUCAACAAGAUGAUGGCAAAACCCAGUGAGUCACCUGUGGGUCGUCAGCACCAGAGCCACCCGGAGGAGACAGAGGAGGAGCUGAGGGAGCACCAAGACCCUGGAGCUCUACCACCGGGUGUCACCAUCAAGCAGGAGCCACUCGACCCGCAGGAGAUGCAGGAGGAGGCGAUGCAGCAGCAGCAGCAGCAGCAGCACAGGGAGCGGCAGGCGGAGCAGGAGCUGCUGUUCAGACAGCAGGCUUUCCUGUUGGAGCAGCAGAGGAUUCACCAGCUGAGGAACUACCAGGCCUCCAUGGAGGCCGCGGGCCUGUCCAUAUCGUUCCCCGGACACCGUCCCCUGUCCAGAGCUCAGUCCUCUCCGGCCUCAGCAUCCUCUUUUCCCAUUAGCGUGCCGGCCCCUGAACCUUCGGUCAAACCUCGAUUCACCACAGGUCUGGUGUACGACUCUUUGAUGCAGAAACAUCAGUGCAUGUGUGGAAACACCAACAGUCACCCGGAGCACGCCGGGAGGAUCCAGAGCAUCUGGUCACGGCUGCAGGAGACCGGACUCAGAGCCCAGUGUGAGUGUAUCCGAGGGAGAAAAGCCACUCUGGAGGAGCUGCAGACUGUUCACUCUGAAGCCCACGUCCUGCUGUAUGGAACCAACCCUCUCCGACAGAAACUUGAUUGUUCAAUUACUCCAAUGUUUGUAAGGUUACCGUGUGGUGGAAUUGGGGUGGACAGUGACACCAUUUGGAAUGAAGUCCACUCCUCCAGUGCGGCCCGUCUCGCUGUGGGCUCUGUCGUGGAGCUUGUUUUCAAAGUGGCCACAGGAGAGCUGAAGAAUGGAUUUGCUGUGGUUCGUCCUCCGGGACAUCAUGCAGAGGAGAGCACGCCCAUGGGGUUCUGUUACUUCAACUCUGUGGCCAUCGCUGCCAAACUGUUGCAGCAGAGACUCAGCAUCAACAGGAUCCUCAUCGUGGACUGGGACGUUCACCAUGGUAACGGUACCCAGCAAGCCUUUUAUGAUGACCCGAAUGUCCUCUAUCUGUCUAUUCACCGCUAUGAUGAUGGUAACUUCUUUCCUGGAAGCGGUGCUCCUGAUGAGGUGGGCAGUGGAGCAGGGGUCGGCUUCAACGUCAACGUUGCCUUUACCGGAGGUCUGGACCCACCGAUGGGAGACACGGAGUAUCUAGCAGCCUUCAGGUCAGUGGUGAUGCCCAUAGCCAAUGAGUUCGCUCCAGACAUCGUUCUGGUCUCCUCAGGCUUUGACGCUGUCGAGGGACAUCCUCCGCCACUAGGAGGCUACACUCUGACGUCCAAAUGUUUCGGACAUCUGACAAGGCAGCUCAUGACCCUGGCUGGAGGUCGUGUAGUGCUGGCUCUGGAGGGAGGUCACGACCUCACUGCCAUUUGCGACGCCUCGGAGACCUGUGUAGCCGCCCUGCUCGGCCAAGAGCUGGAUCCACUGCCCAAGGCCGUCCUGGAGCAGAGGCCCAAUGCCAACGCCGUCCGCUCCCUGGAGAAGGUUCUAGAGACUCACAGUAAAUACUGGCGCUGCGUGCACCGCAGCUCCUCACGACUGGGGCUGUCACUGCUGGAGGCCAAACAGGGAGACUCGGAGGAGGCGGAGGCCGUGAGCGCCAUGGCCUCUCUGUCCGUGGCCAACAGCAGCGCCAUCGAACACAGCAGACAGGAGGAGGAGCCAAUGGAGGAGGAGGAGCCACUGUAACAUCAAAAGAGGACAGGAGUUUUUCACACUGUAAGCAUUGACCUCUUGGGAGAGAACGAAGCCUCUUUGAGCUGCGAGGAGUCUCGACUCAAGCCUUCAUUUAGUCCCCCUUAACUCCCACUUACCACGUUGGUCACCUUGAUUGGCAGCCGAACGGAGGGGGAGGAAAGAUAAUGGGGUGGGCUCAGCCUCGGAGCAGGGAGCCAAUCAGGAGACGGAGGACUGAAUUAGAAAAAAUUAAAUGAUUAAAGACAGGAGCAUCGUGGCUUUGGCCACGCCCACUCUGAGAGACUUUUUUUCUGUCAGCCUUCACACCGGGACGUUAGCCCCCUACGGCUAACAGUUGUCCAUGGACACGAGCUAGUGAAUUUGGAGCUCGGAUUUCCGUCUUAGGAAAAGUGCGGGGACACCUGUGUGAAGACACGUAUGGUGCUUAGUGCAGCUGCCCUCCGACUACACACACCUACACAUACACACAAAUACGAACAUGUAUGGACAACAGGGACGGCACAUUCCCAGUUCGGGAAUCUUCUUUCCUCAACAUGUUCUGCCCCUUUUCAAAAUAAGGGCUUCGACGAGGACAUUUUAACAAAAUGUGUUUACUGUGGACUAUUUUUAACGGAGAUCCAACUGGGCCACAUUGUUUUUGUUAUUGUUGAUGUUGUUGUUGGUGUUGUUGUUAUCGUUGUUGUUGUUGUUGAUAAUGACGGCUGGCCAGUUAAAGGAGGAGUGCCUUUGAGGAUGGUCCACUGGAUUUCAGGAUUGUUUCAGGAAUUAUAAAAAGAAGAGAUUGCCUUAAGUUAUGACGAAUCAAGACGAGAGGAGAGUUUGUCACGAAGACGUCGGGAGGGGGAAGAAAGACUUUUAAACCAAGCCAACAAUCUUUUCAGCAUGUUUACCAGGACGGCGAUGGAGGAGACCUUUGUCUCUCUGACAGCCUCUCGAAGGGUUGACUUUACUUUAGGAUGGAACUAUUUUUAAGAUUUGUUGAGGUAGUUGCCAGCUUUGGUAGGUUAAAAAUAAACGCCUGCAAACACGGUGAAUGAGGUGAAAAACUAUUGUAGCCUCCCUUUAAUCCACGUAGAGCAUGCGUUUGAGCAGAAGUGAAGCCACGUUUCAAUUUUUUUUUCGUUUAUUCCUUUAUUUUCCAAGAAAAAGCCACGUCAGAAAAGCCAAAGCAUGCGUUCCUUGCAUAAACCUUUUUCACUCCACUCUUCUCGUGCUGGUCCUUUUGAAAUAAAAGGCACUCUUUAAUGUUUACUGGUCAGCAGUGGAGCGAGUUGGCAACUACCUUUGGUUUAUAAGUGUGGGCAAAAACACUAUAUAUUUUAAAGGGCAGGAAUCAAGUGUUGCCCUCUUUGUAUCUACACACACAUAUAUAUAUAUAUCUAUAUAUAUAGAAAUGGAUUUGACAUCAUCCAUCCAUUCACAGUGUCCACCUGAUUUUUUUUUUUUUUACAAUACGAGAUUAUUUUUCUAACUUUUUCCAUGUGUACGUUUUUUUGUGUUUUUUUAUCCGUUUUCUGGAUAGAUAUAGGGCUGAAGUUUUACAUUCCCUCCACCCAAAACCUUUCUUUCUUUCUUUCUUUCUUUCUUUCUUUCUUUCUUGUAUUUUUCAAGGAUCAACGAGCAGCACCAUUUUUCUUUGUUUCCUUCAUUUCUACACGGCUUUUUUACUGUGUUUUUCAUCGGCUGUGUAUUUAUAAACGUGCACUGUUUAUUGCAGAUUUGUAUAUGGGGAAAAAAUACCUUUAUUAUUGUACUCAAACUAACGACAGCUAUAUGUUAUUGUGAGCAAAAAAAAAUCAUGCUAUGGUGUAUAAUGUUACUCCAUGAACGUCAACAGAAACGCAGCAUAUUUACUGUAACUGCACUGAAAUGUGGUCAUUGACACCUUUAAAAAAAAAAAAAACGUAUCGAUCACUUUGUUGCCUAACAGAAACGUUUUUCUCUCGCGCAUGGACGAUGUGCACUUACCUUUCAACUGUGACAAAACAUGACAUCCAAAAAAAGUACGAAAAAAUGAUGUUUUAUUGUCUGUUUAUGUAGCUCCGUGUGUCUGUUAUUCUGUUGAGGAAAAGGAAAGAAAAGCUGGAGACAUGGGUGUAAAAAAAGCAGGAUAGUGGAAGCAGAAUGUUUUACUUGGCUGGUGUCGCUCUUACACCGUGGCAUUAGUGUCUUCCUCUUGCCUUUUCCUGCAAGAAUCCAACCAUUCCGUCCAAAUGUUUUGGUUUAAAGUUCAUAUCAUUUUAGGAAAUGUGUAAAAUGUAGGGAUUUAGGUUGACGUUUAUCCUCAUGAAACAAACAUUCCACUUGUUAAUCUCUUCUCACUUUUUUUUAAAUUUAAUAUCGUCUUUUUUUUUUACCGUCUGCUCGUGCAAACUUUUAUCUCUGCAUGGUUUGUGGUCAGCAUGCCUGCUUGUCUGUGUAAGAAAAACUUGUAUUUGCACAAAACGUAGAAGAAGAAAAAAAGGAAGAACACUGGAGGACUUUUUUAAAAAGCAAAAACGAAAAAAACCUCCCACAACGACUACGACGCCCCCUACUGUCCACUGCUAAAACUGCACCAGUGGGGAUUCUUUUAAAAUUCUUGUUUCUUCUCUGAUGUCUAUUUUUUUUUUUUUUUUUUUGUCCAACAAAUCAGAGAAGUUUGACAUCAUUCUUCUCGAGCUCUUCUUUUUUGACGGACGCAGCACUUAAACGACACGUGUGUGGACUGUUUUUAGGAGAGAACAUUUUAAAAAUUCUCUGCCAAACUUUAACCACAGUCACACCUUGAUGAAGACUCUCCCAAAGAAUGUUCAAAGAUUUUUAAACCAUUAAAGAAGUGACGCUUUUUGACAAGAAAAGAAAAAAAAAACAUUGGGUUUGAUUGUCACGCCCACCAAGGCCAGUUCUAUAUAUAUAUAAAUAUAUACAUAUAUAUAUAAAUAUAUAAAUAUAACCACUGUGGCUCAAGAGCAAUUCUUGGUUUACAUGUAAAUUAAUUAAAAAAAGUUAUUUUUUGUUUAUUGUUUGUCUGUACUGAUGAUUAAAAAAACAAAUGUUAUCUUUCUUUGGGACCUACGCUUUGGACAUUUCAUCCCUGACAUCGUCUAUAAAAUAUAUUUCUGAAAAAUAAACCUGUGGUUGAGUUUCUCUUUAUCUUUUCUUGUCUUUAUAACCAUACCUUUGCUAACAUUUAGCCAUCAGCUGUGCUGCUAUUCAGCACCUCUUUGCACAAACAUAAAGC